AUGUAUGGCUCACAACCACCGUCGCCACGCCCCGAACCCCGGCUAGGGACCCGACCCACGCUCUCGGCCCGCACGGCCGUCGUCGGCACCUUCACCAACAGCGUCACAGGCAAACUGCAGCUUCUCCACGUCCGCGACGUCUGGCGGUCCGUCGAGCGCGAACAUGCCAGAAGACGUCACCUCGUUGAUCGCUGGAACGUUCUGGUCGGGGCAGGCGUCACUUCCAUCGCGAACCGCGCCUUCUCCGUUGGGCCCGUGACCUUCACCCUGGCCGCCGGCUUCUUGUCCUUGGUUGAGCAGGGCGAAGAGCUCCUCGAUCUCCACCGGCCCUCCUCGUCCACGGCGCGUUCCGUGGGCGGCACAACGUGCGCCGUCCGCGCUUUCUCCCACCCAGACGGCUCGUUCCGCUCCAUACGAUCGCACACCGACGACGGUACCCCGUGUAUCGAGUCUCCCCAGCUCUCCAUCUCCGCCGCGUCGAUCUCGAUCUCGGCGUAG